AUGUCCUCAUCUUCCGGGACUCUCGCUCCUAAACCUCGUCGACGACGUGACAAACCUCAGUUUUCGUGCAUUGCAUGCCGCCAGCGCAAGACUCGAUGCGAUCGACUACAGCCCUGUACCAGCUGCGUCGCACGCGGUCACUCAUGCGUCUAUGUGGCCCGGAAGCCACCAGCAUCCUUAUUGCAUCCUACACCCGUUGGAGCACCUGCAGGACUUCAUGACCGGCUAGUCCACUUGGAGCGUCUUGUUAAGUCCUUGAUGCCCGACGGAGUCAACAAUGACGAGGUCCGACAGCUUGCCACCCCGGAUGCCACUCCCAGCAGCAGUACUCGACCAGGGCCCGGUGGUAGUGUCCUAGAUACACAGUCGGAUUGCGGCAGCAUGCAAAUCACCGACUCAGAGCUUCAGUAUGUGGCCGGUGAGCACUGGGCAGCCAUUCUGGAUAGCAUUGCCGACCUGAAGGCGCAUUGUGAUCGUGAAGAACAAGCCAGAAUGGCCGACUCUAUUGAAGAAACGAGUGUGAAACCAUCCCACCGACAUGCGUUAUUGCUCUACGGAUGUGAACGGGCUGCCUCGCGGGCUGAAAUUAUCGCCGCACUGCCACCAAAGGCCGCUAUUGACCGCUAUAUUUCGAAGUAUUUCAACUAUCUCGACCUGGUCGCUUCUGCGGUCCACGGGCCUAGCUUUCUUCAAGAGUACGAAUCCUUCUGGACCGACUCCACAAGCACGCCAAUAGUAUGGAUCGGCCUCCUCUUCAGCAUGAUCUGCCUAGCGGUAAUGGCCUCCGACGUAACCGACAGCUCCGAAGAAGAGCAGAAAGCCCUCCAACUGGAACUCUACCGGGAAAAAAUCGUCCAGUGCCUCAUGAUAGGCGAGUACACCAAGCCCGGCCCCUACGUCCUCGAGACCCUCGUCCACUACGUAUACAUCGAGUACGGAAUGAACCCGGACGCGAACCGCAACAUCUGGUUCCUACUCGGCCUCGAAGUCAACCUCGCCAUGCGAAUGGGCUACCAUCGCGAUCCCAGCCACUUCCCCAAUCUUUCCCCACUGCAAGGCGAAAUGCGCCGUCGUCUAUGGACUACCGUACUAACAAGCGACAUCCUCCUAUCCAGCCAAAUGGGCAUGCCGCGGAUGAUCUCCGACUGGAAAUGGGAUACCGCCGAGCCACGAAACCUCUUCGAUACAGACUUAACCCCAUCCCUAACUACACUCCCCCCCAAUCGACCAGAAACAGAACACACCAAUACACUGGAACUCAUCGCGCGAAGACGCAUGCUCCUAGCCCUAGGCAGUAUCUCCAACCUAGCAGACGCAGUCCAACCAGCAAGUUACGCAGAAGUAAUGCAAGCGGACAAGACCCUUCACGACGCCGUCUCCAACAUCCCUCCCCCUCUCCGCUUCAAACCCCUACAAGCGAGCAUGACCGAUUCCUCGCAGGUGAUCAUGUCCCGACUAUUCCUCCAACACCUCGUAUAUAAAGGGAAAAUCAUGCUCCAUCGUAGAUACCUCAACAUAGCAACUACCCCUUCAGGUGAGAUACACUCAGAAAAUCCUCAAUGCGCAUACUCCCGCACCGCCUGUAUCGACGCAUCACUCGGCGCUCUACGUAUCCAACACAUCCUCGACGAGGAGACUUGCAGAGGGGGUCAAUUACAUGAUAUGCAUUGGCGGAUUACUUCUAGUAUGACGCAUUUGUUCCUGACGGCGACGAUGAUUCUUUGCUCGUUGGUACAUUGUGGAGAGCCUUUGGAUAGGGGGGAGGAGGUGCUGAAUGCUUUGAGAACGGCGAGGACUAUUUGGUUGCGUCGAGGUUCGACGGCGACUUCGCGCGAGGCGGCGAGGGCCGCUGGGGUUGUUGGUCUUACUCUUGCGGGGGUGGGGGAGUGUAAGGUUGAUGAUGAUGUUGACUUGGGGGUAGGGUUGGGAGUGGGUCAGAGUGUGGGUGUACAAGAUGUUGAUGAUUAUGUGAUGCCGUCAAUUUUAGCGCCAGAAGACGGCGUGGGAUUGGAUUUUGCGUUCUCCAUGGAUGAUUGGUUGCAGAUGCAAUGGCCGGAUGCGGAGAAUUUCGAUACUUAUUCCCGCUGA